AUGUCCACCAAACUCUCAGAGACGAACUUUGCCCCAGCUGAUGGUAAAGAGACCCUCGAGCUCUCCCCCUCCAAGAACACCGACCGUGAGGAGGGUUUCUCUUCCGAAGUGAACGAUCCUAGCUAUGAUGCUGCACAGAAGAGUCUUGUGCGCAAACUUGAUAUGACUCUGAUGCCAAUGGUUUUCAUCCUCUAUCUAUUCAACUAUUUAGACAGGAACAAUAUUGCCCAAGCAAAGCUUGAUUCAUUGGAGAAGGAUCUUGGAUUGAGUGGCAAUGAUUAUAGUACUGCCUUGGCAAUCCUCAACGUUGGAUACAUGCUUAUGCAAAUUCCAAGCAACAUGAUCCUCACUCGCGUUCGACCUUCGAUUUAUAUACCAGCAUGGGUCUGUCUAUGGUCCGUCGUAUCUGCCGCCACUGCUGCAUGUAAUUCAUUCACCCACUUGAUCAUCAUCCGCUUUUUCCUCGGCAUUUGCGAAGCACCCUUCUUCCCAGGCGUUUUCUUUCUUUUAUCCUGCUGGUACACCAAGAAAGAGUUAGCACUACGCUAUGCGUUUCUGUAUUCUGGCCUUGUUCUUGCAACUGCAGUAUCUGGCCUAUUGGCUGCAGGCAUCUUUGCUGGCUUGGGAGGUGUAGCUGGACUUCAGGGGUGGCGAUGGCUGUUCAUCCUCGAAGGUGCUGCGACUUUCUUGCUGGGACUAGUCGCGUUUUUGAUGCUUCCUGAUUUCCCUGCUACUAAGAGUCAGGAUUGGCUUUUCACCGCGGAGGAGAAAGAGGUAGCUGUUACUCGAAUGGCCAGAGAUGCUGUGUCUGAGGAAGAACAUGAUCAGUCUGUGCUGCAUGGCCUGAAACUUGCUGUCACCGAUAUCAAAGUCUGGGCUUUUGCUCUUUUGCUGCUAUCUAACCAGUCUGCCUACGGUUUCAACUACUUUUAUCCUGCCAUAGUACGGGGCUUCAACUUGGGUAGUCGAACAAUCACUCUCGUCUGCACCGCACCGCCAUAUCUUCUCGGUGCUUUCAUCUCAUACUUCAUCGCUUGGCACAGUGACCGCAAGGCUGAGAGAGGAUGGCACAUAAGCGGUGCGAUUCUCUUCGCAAUCGUCGGUUUCAUUAUCAGUGCUGCGACGAUCAAUAUCCCAGCUCGGUAUGCUGCAUCGUUCUUGUAUAUAUGCGGUUGCUUUGGAGCAAAUGCAGCCUUAUACAGUUGGGCUGCGUCUUCAGUUGGUCAGACACCUACGAAGAAGGCUUGUGCAACGGCUAUCAUCAAUGUCACGGGUCAGCUUGGAACCAUCUGGAGCCCUUACUUCUUCGACUCGAAUGAUGAGCCAAGGUAUACUAGAGCGAUGAUUCUCCUUUUGGCGUUUGCUGUAUUGGAAAUCUGUGUUUGCUUCUUGUUGAAGUUUAUUCUUCGAAGGGCCAAUAAGAAGAUUAUUGCUGAGUAUGAAGGAACCGGAAGAGUCCCGACACUAUUCACUCUUUAA